AUGGAUAUUGACGGAGGGAAUAGUGACGGGGAGGAGAGAUCCAGUGAAGGAACCUCGGAGGGUACCGUAGAUAACCGUCCCUUCAUUCUUCCUGAGGAUUGGGCCGUCAACAGAUUUUUGCCUGGGAUGAGUGGUAAAGUUUUUAGGGAGUUACGGAUCCGUUAUCAGAUCCCAGACCACAUCCCCCUCCGUCUCCCUAGAGAGGGUGAGAGGUGUUACUCCGGGCGGACAGCGGACGUUGGCAUGUAUGACGCCAUGUUUGCUGCCGGCCUGAGGUUACCGUUGACGGCUCUUCACCGUCAACUAGCUGACUUCCUUGGAAUAUCCGUCACCCAGGUUGCCCCAAACGCCUGGAGGACUUUUAUAGGAGCUGAAAUCCUGUGGGGCAGCUUUAGUGGAGGGCACCGUCAGCUUACACUCGGAGAAUUUUUUUAUUGCUAUAGGCCUCAUCACAUUGCCUCGUCUAAGGGGACUUAUCAUUUUAAUGCCCGAGAGAAAGGGCUACGGUUAGUGUCAGAUAUGCCUGACUCAAAUAGGAACUGGAAGAGUAGGUAUUUUUUCGUUGAGGGGACGGACUGGGUGUGCCGUCAGGAGGAGUGGGCGACGAUGCCCAGUGGUUACUUUGACAAUACCUGGGCCUUUGUCAAGGAUUCAGCUUAUACCCGUCCGCAUAUAACUGACGAGCAGGAGGAGUUCAUCCAUCGGAUUCUAGAAAUUCCUUUGGAGGACCGUAAGUGCAGGGAUUUGAUUACCCUUGACACCCUCCAUCUAUACUGUGGGGGCCCAAAUCCGUCAGCGGAAGCUCGUAGGUUGGAGGAGUUUGCGCGACGUCAGAUGGAUUCUGCGAAGCAAAGGAUACGGGCUGCCGCAGCUCGUCAGAAGGAGGAGAGGAAGGCCAAGGAAGCAGGGGGGGAAGCCUCGUCAACCCCCACGGCCGUCGCCAAAGUGGCGAAGAGGAAACCUGACGGGAGUGACGGCCGUCCCUCAAAAAAGCCUGCCGUCACUCCGUCAGUCGAACCAUUGAAGGAAAAGUCCCCUCCGACGUCUGGCCAUGGUGCGGGAAAGGGGGUGAUGACUUCUGCUGGUCCCGUCACUGAGGGUCCGUGCCGUCUCCUAACCCACAAAGAAUAUGCCGUCGGGGAGGUUGAGUCCCUGAUAAAACCAACGGACAUGGAGCCCUGUGAUCAAGUAGGGACGGAGGAUUUAGGGGCGUCGCCCUCUUUGAUCUCUCCAGGGUAA